AUGAAUAUCAACGAUUACAAGAGCUGGUCCAAAGAUGAACUUCUCCAAUGGUUCACUGAGCAAACCAAAGAGGACGUAAAGGUGCAAGCGAAGAUACUCCAUCAGCAAGACAUCAAAGGAGCUGAUCUUCCUCUCACCAGCGCCAACUUGAAGGAGGUUGGCUUUACGCUUGGUCAAGCCAAUGCUGUACUCCGAGUUCUUGAGCAACUUCCCCUGGCCCAAGCUCCCGGUGCUGCAGGAGGAGGUGGUGGCCAAACGCUCCUGCAAGAUCCACGACAAUGGAUUUUGGACAAUGGCCAACAGAUUGCGCCCUACAAUGACAUGGACAACGUUGGACGGUCUUUCCCAUUUCUCGGCAGAGAGACCACCCUUUUAAAGAUGAAAGAGACCAUCACCGUGCAUUGGUCCUCCGACACAUCACCAGAGAGUAGAGUCAAUCACUCGAUCAAUCUCAGCAUUGGUGCACCGGGAAUCGGCAAGUCAAGAUUGCUCAGAGAGUUUGGCCAACUAUUGCAUCCAACAAUGGUCGCCCACUUCGCUUUAAGUGCGAAACCCUAUCCAUCAAGGCACUGUAGCAUCGUCACUUCAUAUGGCAAUGGAUCGCCAAUCCAACCAAUCGAACAAAGCAUGGAUUUGGAGACCUGCUUUGCCAUUCGUGUGCUCUGCUCCUUCUUCCAAGUUACAUUUCCAUCUAUCAUAUCAGUGUGGCCCAAAGGAACCACUCUCACUCUGCUUACCGCCUUCAACAUUAUUGAGCAGACUGUUGCCCAAGGAGCUGGCCCAUUGGUCAUCUAUCUUGGCAUUGACGAGAUCCAAAACCUUCUUGUCGAGGGGUCAGACUCGAGAUCAUCCAGACAUCUCAUCACAUCUUUGACAAACGUAAUUGGAGGCCAACUCAACACAUCACCCGACAGGAUCUUCCUUGUAUGCUGCAUAGCUGGAACCAUCUACUCUCCAAUCGAAGAUGUGUUUGCAAAGUCAUCAUAUCCCUCCUCCAUCAUCCCACUUCCCCUCCUCUCAUUGGACCACUGCAAGGACAUCAUCAAAUCGACCCCACAACUCAAGGACCUGCCAGUGGACAAUCACGACCUAGACAUCUCGAUCUGGCGAAUAGGAGGAUGGCCACGACCCUUUGAGUUCUUUGUGCAGCGCAUUAUCAUGAUGCUGUCGGACCAGAUCCCUAUAUCCCUUCCCGACAUCCUCCAUCACACCAGGGACAAGCUCUAUGAUAUCUACAAGUUCCAAUCUCAAGAAACAAUACUUCAGUUGAUGGCAUAUUGCAUUGCUGGCAUCAACUUCUCGUCGAAGGAGUGGUCAACAAUUGGACCGAUACCAGGAACAACGUUUGAGCACUUUGAAGAGCGUGGAUACAUCACCAAGGUCCAAGUCAGUGGAUCGAAGCCACCCAGAUACUGCCCAAUGAUGCCACUGAUGUUCGUUGAUUGGUCCUCCAACUACACCAACUCAAGAGAGUUCUUGUCAUUGAAACAUCUACUGGACUCCAUCACUGAAGACAAGAACUGGAUGCACUGGGAAGGAUUCUGUUCGCACUACACUCUGGUUCGCUCUCAGAUGCUGACCUACAUUGGAUCAAGCCAAGUUAGUUUGGACGAGUGGUUUGGCCAUCCAUUUUGCAAGAAUGACCAUUUCGCCUCCAAGAGUAUCCUGAUCACCAAAGGCGAGUACGUGGAGCUUGCCAAUCGAUUCCCCAAUGCAACAUAUCACGACACCUUUGAUAAGCAUAGAUGUUUCGAAUAUCCACCAUCACACUCGAAUGUCUAUCUGAACGCUCCCGGUGCUCCUUGGGAUUGGUUCUCGUUCUACGCCUCGACAACCAAAGGCCUUGUGUACCUACUGUACAAUGGGAAGCACACCAUCAAGCGAGGUACGGCACUCAAUCUUCAGAUGAUCGUUGAGGAGCACGAGAAGACAUCAGAGGUAGUCAAAGACAAUGACACACAGUUCAGUGAGCAUCGUUUGGUUGUGACAGCCAUUGUCACCAACUGCAAGCGAGCACCAACUAUCACCAGAGACAGCUUGCCCCCUCUGACAGUUCUGGUAGAUGAAGCCAACUGCGAAUCAUUCUUUGGCCCAGUCUUCUCCUACAUCAUCUCCAACUUC